UCCAAAAGAUCCUAGACAGAUUGACAAAGGAGAUCUAGAAUCUGUUUCACACAUGAGAUCCUCUAAAUUCGCAUCAGGCCAUGCAUUUAGCCCAUGAAUUUAGAAAAAAAAACGUCUUCCCCACGCCCUUUCCAUUGUCUGCUACUGCGGAAGAUACUGUGUAAGAUCCCGAUGAAGCUCUAUUCUAUCACUGUACUAUCACUUAAUAAGUGAAUUUCAGAUCAAGAAGCAACCUUUGGAUAACGUGACUGCCAAAGGACCACAAAAACGGGUGACGAUUUUAUUGGUCAUGAUUUUAACUUACUCAACAGCAAUCAGAAGAGAAACAAGAUAGAACAUAAGGAUUACUCCGACUUGGACUUCGAGAAGAUGAUUUGUUGUUUAUCCACACGUCGUAGCUGUCUCGCUUAGCUACCAUUGGUAAGAAACGUACAUCACCAUAGGAACGUAUUUCUUUUGCUCAGUAGGAACGUAGUUCUUUUCCUUAGCCAGCGCCAGUACAACUGGUAAAUGAUAUCACCAAUUUUUUCUGGUGUUGUUCUUUUUCUUCCUAGUUAGGCUUUGACCACAAUAUCAUCACCAUGGCGCUCCCCGGAGAAAGUGGAGAAGGAGAAUCCUACACCGUGUCUCUGUCCUCCGUUGAGGAAACAGAGGCACUAGGCGGACUACUGGCGUCUCUCUCUAAGCGUGGCGAUGUCAUUUUUCUACACGGCGAACUUGGUGCUGGCAAAACGGCUUUGAGUCGUGGCUUCUUGCGCUACUUCUUUCUGAACUCCGAGUUGGAUGUGCCGAGUCCCACCUACCUGCUGCAUUUCGUGUACCAACAGGAUGCGCCAACAGAAGCAAAAAUGAUCACUGAAGAAACUGUGACGGAUGGUGGUGAAGGAGCAGAGGUGGAUACAGCGACGACUAGUGUUUCUGUUUCAUCCACUAAACAGGCGACCUCAGUAGACUCAGCCUCACAGAAAGAAGAGAAGAAGAUCGUGUUUAAGGCUUCCCGAUUUGCGCAUAUUCCAGACUGUGCGGUGCACCAUUUAGACCCUUAUCGACUUGCAGUGGGAAAAAUCGCAGCCCUUGUCGAUUUCGAGACCAUGUUUCGCGACGAAAUUUCCCUCAUCGAAUGGCCAGAGAGACUAGGAAAAGAAAUUGCCGUACCAGCAGAGCGAUUACUGCACGUCCACCUGAGCGGCGUUGGCGUACAAGCAGAAAACCGAAAAGCUAAAAUUGUGUUUGGAUCUACUACUUCUGAUACUUUUGGGGAACAACAAGUAUUAAAUGUAAAAUCCGCUACUUCGAAGACUUCAUCUACUCUCGAAGAUCAGCAUUCGUCUGCUAGUACUACACCAGUUUCCUGUACUUGGUCACCUCGACUUGCGAACUUGAUAGAUGCAGAGAGAGACGGUCAGAAACAGAACACUGACGCGAAAGAGAGAUCUUUAUCAGAGGCGUUGGAACGAUUUCGUACAAAAGAAGCAGCCUGGAUUUUUGGAGAGGGCGAGCUGACCCCUGAAACAAGUGCAUCUUCCGCGUUGAACGAUUCCAAUGCCUUCACCACAACUAGAGCUGCAGAACAUCUUCGAGGACAGCAUCAGAAAGAAGGUGAAAAAAAGUCGAAGAUGAAGAGCGCCACUUCUUUGCCAUCUUCGUUGUUGGACGAAAGUGGCAAGCGAUUGCAGCGGCCACUCGUAGUUUUGGGAAUUGAGAGUAGUUGCGACGACACCGGAUGCGCCAUUGUGACCAGUGACGGUCGUAUUUUGGGAGAAUGUGUGGCGUCGCAAGCGGGCAUUCACGAAGCCUGGGGAGGCGUGAAGCCGGAUGCUGCCCAGAAAGCGCACCGGGACGCGAUUCAUGAAACGGUUGAGACCUGCAUCGAACGCGCAAAGGCAGCGUGUGGUGUCCAACAUCAAACUACUUCUAGUGAGAAAGACGCCUCUACUUCCUCCUCUGCAUCAACACCUUCUAAUGAGAAAGAUACUUCCUCCUCUUCCGUCAAAACAGCACCAGAAUUUUCGUCCUUAGCAGACAUUGAUGCCGUUGCAGUGACAGUAGGGCCAGGAUUGGGACUGUGUUUGUCGGUAGGCGUAGAAAAAGCCGUAACACUGGCUACAGAAUUACAGAAGCCUCUAGUUCGCAUUCACCACAUGGAGGCACAUGCAAUGAUGACACGCAUGCCAUUGAAGAAAGACGUGGAGAUUCCGGACUUUCCGUAUUUUCGAUUCAUUAUGUUUGCGAGAUGCAUAUGAGAAAGAAGUUUUAGUUUGAUCACCGUAUUUUCGAUUUAUUAUGUUUGCGAGAUGCAUAUGAGAAAGAAGUUUUAGUUUAACUUCUAUGUAGUCUUCUUGUUCUUUUAGCUUUGACUCUUUUUUAAUCGUGUAUGUUCCCUUUUUUGUCAAGCAGGUCAAACAAUCUUCAAAACUCAUGUACUUAAAAUUCGAUCUUCUAGUACAUCUUCAUGUCUCGUUCUCCGAUCCUCAAUCACAAUACCACAGGUAUCUGACUUUGUUAGUGUCUGGCGGCCACAACAUGGUUGUGUUAACGGAAGGUCUAGGCCAGCACCGUAUUUUGGGCAGCACGCUGGAUGA